AUGACGUGGAAUAAAAUAGUAUGCAAUUAUCGAGAGCUACAAUUAAUUGGUACCUUGUCUGGCGGUCAGAGCUUUCGUUGGACACACGACAAAGAAAACGACGAGUGGGUAGGUGUUUUUUCAAAAACAUUAUGGAAAUUAAAAGAAAACGACGACUGUUUACAAUUCCAAGUAAUUGGUUCUCUACUUGACAAUAAAACUAACACUAUCUUGGCCAAAAAGGAGAAUACUAAAUCAGAUUUAGAUUUUAGAAAGUUAUUAGAAAAUUAUUUUCGCCUGGACAUGAACUUAGGAAAUUACUAUAAAGAAUGGUCAAAUAAAGAUGAGCUAUUUAGAAAAGCUUGUCAACAGUUCUAUGGCAUCAGAAUGUUACGUCAGGAGCCUGUAGAGAAUCUAUUCUCGUUUAUCUGCAGCCAAAAUAAUCACAUAUCGAGGAUAUCCAGUAUGGUGGAGAAAUUAUGUUCGACUUAUGGAGAAAAAAUAUGUGAAUAUGAGGGCAAUAUUUACUAUGCUUUUCCUGAAGUUGAAAAAUUAUCACAGCCAGAGGUAGAAGCAGAGCUGAGGAAGUUAGGAUUUGGAUAUAGAGCUAAAUUCAUUCAGAAAUCUGCAUCACAGAUUGUGGAUUGGGGAGGACUUAAAUGGUUCAACAGUUUACAAGACAUGAAGUACAAAGAUGCCAAGAUUGAACUCAUGAAAUUGCAUGGCAUUGGACCUAAGGUGGCAGAUUGCAUUUGUCUAAUGUCAUUAAAUCACCUCGAGGCCCUCCCAGUAGACACUCAUGUAUAUCAAAUAGCUGCACAAAAUUACUUACCCCACUUGCGUGGCAAAAAGAGUGUUACGGAGAAAAUGUAUGCAGAAAUUGGAGACCACUUCAGAAGUUUGUAUGGAGAUAUGGCUGGAUGGGCUCAUACAGUAUUAUUUUGUGCUGAUCUAAAGAAAUUUCAACAAAAUGACAACUGUGAAAAAGAAGAUACAAGUAAACCUAAAAAGAAAAGAAAAAAACUGUGA